AUGUCCAGCUCCACCAAUCUAAAACAUGAGAACGGUAGCCCUUCCGCUAUCAUCACCUUGACUCCCGAACGCGAAGGCCAAGUCGGCGGCGGCUCAAGGUAUUGCGUCAUCUCCCAACGUCAGGGCCAAGUCGGCGGCGGAUCCAAGUACUGCGUUAUCUCCCAACGUGAGGGCCAAGUUGGUGGUGGAUCCAAAUACUGCGUGGUCUCCUAG